AUGCGCUGCACUUGCAAAUGCUGUCCAGGCCCUCAGGCACCAUAUCGGUAUGGAAACUCAUAUCGAACAAACCCUGUUGGAGAGCACCAAGGCAACCACGCUGAGGGUGCCAUCGAACGCAUCCGACAGCUAACAGGGACCAUGUUGGCUGAGCUUGAGGAUCGAUUGAAAAUCCCUCAAGACGUUCGACCCGCUGCAUCACUGGUGCUGGCGCCACGCCAGCUGGACUCUCCAGCGUUUGGUGUCACGCAAAACCUAACGCCGUGGGAGAGAGUGCAUGCGUCCCCAUAUGGAGGCAAACUUGUCCGUUUCGCAGAGUGCGUCCUGGCACGCGUGAACACUGCCACAAAGGGCAAACCACGGUGGCUUCGGGCCAUGUGGCUGGGCAAAUCAGAUGUUUCUGAUUGUCACCUUGUUUGCACUUCAUCGGGUCGUCUUGCGGUUGCUGCUAGAUCUGUCCGACGCACCACAUGUGAGUAUGAUCCCAUCCUUGUGACAGCACUGCGAGACACACCUGACAAGCAUGUGUCACACGCGGAGCAAGCCGAAAUCAACUUCAACCAAAGCCUGUUAUAG